AUGGCGAUGAUGCUGCUGAUGCUGAUGAUGAUGCUGAUGCUGAUGCUGAUGCUGAUGCUGAUGCCAAUGCUGAUAGCUGCAGGUAGCCGUCAUGUCGUCGGUCAAGGCACAAGAGCGGGGGGGCCAUUGCCCAUUGACAUGGACAUGGACACGGCCGGUCUUGUCUUCGCAGUCGAGCAGCCCAAACUCAAACUCAAGUCAGUCGUGGCGCUUGACGCGCAACGGCACGGCAGUGGACGUGAGGGUGCUGAGUCAGGCACGAUAGGCGGCUAUGCUCGGCUUUCCUACUCAGGCACAGGCUACGACGAGUGCGAGCAGAGUGCCGUGGGGCCCUACUCGAACAUCCACCCAUACAUCCACACAUACCCACCCUAG